AGGCUGAUGGCCUGCACUGUCCAGAAGGCUUGCUACAAGAGGUGUCACGCCUACGGCAGCGACAUCCGCACUGGCUCCUCACCUGCGCCUGCCAUUCGGAGCGCUCGGUGGCCCUGGCCCAGGAGGAGGGCUGCGAUGCCGUGCUGUUCUCGCCCAUUUUUCCAACGCGGUCGCAUCCAGGGCAUCCAGGUGUGGGAGUGGAGAAGCUGAAGGCGGUGAUCAAGUCCCAUCCCUCCCUGCCGAUCUACGCCUUGGGCGGUGUGAACGGGGAGACGAUCGACGAACUGAUGGAGACGGGCUGUGCUGGGGUGGCAGCCAUCGACCUCAUCUCGCUGCUGACUGAGACCACCUCCUAAAGCGCUGAGGUGCCUCCAUGGAGCGAAGAUGAGUGGCGACCGGGACCCGUGUCUUUGUGGCGAAGGGUCCACCGUGGAGGACUUUUCCCGUUGAUCCAGUCCUGGUGGGUUGUGAAUGACUUUGCAAUAGCUUCCACCACAAGAAGACUGCCAGCUGAGUCUCAAAUCCUGUGCUCUCUUCUCAUGGUUUCCAGACGCCUUGCCCGCGGUGGCAGGGCACGUCAGCAGCGUCAGCAGCACUUGCACCAGCAUGACGAAGCCGCCCAGACCUACCACACCGGGGGGGCAGCCGAAUGGCACGCGCACGCAGCCAAAGGCGUGGGAAGCAGCGCCUCGCGUAGGAAGCAUGAUGCAAAUGAAUGCAUAGGAGUGCUAGGUUUGGACCAAAGAGGCUCCUAGCUGGAUCCGGGCCAAAAGACAAGCUCGC